CUUGGAGCCCAACGGCGUUGCCAGGUGGAUUGAUUCCUCGACUCCCGCAUCGUCCAACCCUCUACGAAUUCCCGACUUUUGUCUCUCUCUAUAUUGUUGAUCCGAUAAAUAGUGCGCAAGAUUGCACUAGUGCUGAUUGCGUUAUGGAUCUCUCCAAUCUCAAGGAGCAAGUCAGCAACCUGACCUUGUAUGACCUCAAGGCGGGAGUCCGCAAGGUCCAGAAUGCUGUCAUGAAUUAUACUGAGAUGGAGGCCAAGGUCCGAGAAGCCACAAACAAUGAGCCUUGGGGUGCCUCAACCACAUUGAUGCAAGAAAUUGCCAACGGAACUCACAGCUACCAGCUACUCAAUGAAAUCAUGCCGAUGAUCUACAGACGCUUUACAGACAAGACUGCAGAGGAGUGGCGACAGAUCUAUAAGGCACUUCAGCUUUUGGAGUUCUUAGUCAAGAACGGAUCAGAACGAGUUGUUGACGAUGCGCGAUCUCACAUGUCCCUUCUACGAAUGCUUCGCCAAUUCCACUUCAUCGAUCAGAAUGGGAAAGAUCAAGGUAUUAAUGUGCGCAACCGAUCGUCAGAGUUGGUGAAGCUUCUUGGCGAUGUGGAUCAGAUUCGUGCAGAGAGAAAGAAGGCCAAAACUAAUCGCAAUAAGUUUGGUGGCUUUGAGGGUGGAUCCCAUAUGGGAGGAGGAAUGUCAAACUCCAGGUACGGGGGCUUUGGAAGUGACAGCAUGUCGUUUGGCGGGUACAGCGGGGGUGUCUACGGUGAUGGAGGUGGGUUCGGUGGCAACACAAGCGACUUCCAGGAUACCGGGCGACGAGGCAACCGAUUUGAAGAAUACGAUGAAUAUGACGAAGCAGAUGCUAGCCCGCCGCCACGACGUGCAGCAAGCCCGCCCCGUGCCCGAUCGACAAAGCAGCCGGAGCCGCCGAAACCCAAGGCACCCGAGCCGGACCUUUUUGACUUUGGAGAGGAAGAGGUGGCCCCAACGGCUUCUACCAGUGCCGGCAAGAAGCCUGCAGGCAGUAAUGGCCUAGAUGUGCUCGAUUCCAAACCCAUGGACGACGACGACUUCGAUGAUUUCCAGUCUGCGACUCCCGCUCCCGCUCCAGCGGCAUCGAACCAAUUCUCUAUUCUUCCACCAGCGAACACUGUGAGCACUACCUCAAGCACCCAGUUUGCUGCGCCGAAGCCGGUGUCCGCUACGCAGGGAACCAAUUUGAACGGUCUUGUUGGGUUUACGUCGAUGACCCCGACUCCAACUUCGAGUACAAUGGCAUCCCCAACACUGUCGCAGAGCUCUAUGGUGCAGCCACAGCAACAGAAGCCGGCACAACCGAAGCCAACAGGAUUCCAGGCCGCAACACCGAACUACUUCACCUCUGUUUCCGUCAUGCAGCCUCAGGCGGGAGUGUCUAACCACCGGCCAGGCAUGGCAUCCACCUCAUCUUUUACAUCUGCCACGUCGGGCGCGCCUGCAGCAGCUAAACCUGCCGCAUCCAAGUCCUCGAAUGGCGACGCUUUCGGAUCUCUAUGGUCGACCGCCAGUGCCGGUGCUGGGCUGCAGAAAUCGAAUGCAAAUGCAAGCAAAGGGCCUAACUUGGCAAGCAUGGCCAAGGAGAAGGCGAGUGCGGGCAUCUGGGGGGCGCCCGCAGCGUCCAGCUUUGCAUCGCCGUCUCCUUCUCAACCCUCUCAGCAAGGGACCAAGACCAGCAGCUCCGGGCUGGAUGACUUACUGGGCUAAUCUGUCUGUGCGCUUAUACUGUUUUUUCAAGUUAAAUUUCUUUUGUUCAGAGCAAUAUCUGCAAUAUUAUUGCGAUUUCACUGUUCUUCAUUCCCAUUUUAAGCAACGAAUCAUUGGUAGCAGACGAUGCCAGACCAUUCCUCCUCGAUCUCAUGUUUCAAGUUCUGUACAUCCGGAUGGUCACGAUUGCUCUUUUAUUCUUUGCAUGGUGUCGAGGCUUGGGAAAAUAUUGAUCUUUUUUGUUAUCAGGACCCUGUCAGACCAAGGGUUAUUACUAAAAGAAACUUCCUACACGAUGAAGUAAUGUUUCCCGGCUGUUAGAUGGGCGUUCUAUCUCAGCCCAACGACGGCCUCUUUCCAGCAAGGCCACUUGAAUAAAAUGCGCUGGAUGAGGCAAAAGGGGAAGGAAGGAAAGUUUAACAGAGUAAAGCCUUUUCGUAAAAAUGCAAAAUUCCAUCAAUCCCUCGGAAAAUACUCCCUGCCCUUAAUUUUCAGCCAAGGGAUGAUCAUAAUGACAGUCAAGACUCAACCCGCCCCGACAAUCCUCGUAUUCAUCCUGCCCACCCUCGAUGAUCAGCACGCGCUAAGACACCAACGACCAGCCAGCACGGUGGAGAAUGCGAUUGGGAUCUCUGUCGAUCCGUGCUUUGGGUAUUGCAAUCAUGGAGACCAUCCCAGGGUCUAGC